AUGAGUGAAUGUUUGAAGUAUCAAAAACCAGAUGAACAAUGCAUGAUUAAUGCAAUUAUUUCACACAACAUUGAUUUUGUUUCAUUCUUGAUGAAUGAAUACAAAAUGAAGAUCGAUUCAUAUUAUUGUGGAAUAUAUAAUAACCUUGAAGCAUUUUUUGUUUAUUUCGAUCAAACAAAUAAUUUUCAUUUGUGCUUUGUUUAUUCAGCGAUAUUUGAUAUUCCAUCACUUUGUGAAUAUUUCCUUUCACUUGGUGCAGAUGUCUAUGACAAAAAUUCGGAUGGAGACACCGCUCUUCAUAUUGCUGCAUAUUAUGAUUUUAAAGAAUUAGCCCAACUUCUUAUUUCACGCCGAGCACCUAUCAAUGCAAAAAAUAAUGAUAAAAGAUCCCCUCUUCAUUAUGCAGCAUAUUUUAAUAGUAAAGAAACAGCUAAACUUCUAAUUUCACGCCGAGCGAAUGUCAAUGCAAAAGAUGAAUAUGGAGAAACUCCUCUUCAUAUAGCAGCAUAUUAUAAUAGUAAAGAAGUAGCUGAACUUCUAACUUCACAUCGUGCAGUUAUCGAUGAAAAAAUGGAAAGGGAGAUACCGCUCUUCAGAUUGCAAUAA